AUGCUGCAACAGGCGCGAACUAUUGGAUGGACGCUAUUCGGUAGUGCUAUUGCCUUGUUUAUCUAUAUUGGUUUAACGUACAUGUUGACAAAUCAAGGUUAUCGUUUUGAUAUUGGAUGGUUUUUAUUGGCCAUAUCACCUUAUCAAUGGGCAUUAACAGGAGUAGCAUUAGCUAUAUCGUUAUCAGUUAGUGGAGCAGCAUUGGGAAUAUUCGCUACUGGGGUUAGUAUACUUGGUGGGGGAGUGAAAGCUCCUCGUAUCCGUACGAAAAAUUUGAUUAGUAUUAUCAUGUGUGAAGCUGUGGCCAUUUAUGGUCUCAUUAUGGGAAUUGUUAUUUCAAACUCAAUAUCUAAUUAUUCGACAAAUGAUGUAAAUUUACUUGCACACAAGUAUCGGGCUGGUUACAAACUAUUUUCAGCUGGAUUAACAGUUGGCUUAUGUAAUUUAUUCUGCGGUAUAUGUGUUGGUUUAGUUGGUUCAUCAGCUGCGUUAGCUGAUGCUCAGAAUUCAUCGUUAUUUGUUCGAAUUUUAAUUAUUGAAAUAUUUGGAAGUGCCAUUGGUCUAUUUGGAUUGAUCGUAUCUAUUUUACAAUCAACUGGAUCAUAUAUGGGCGAUUAA